CCCCGAGCCGCCAUCUUGCUGCGGAGGGUCCGGGAGGGCGGGGCUGGCUGAGGGCGCUGCCGAGAACCGAGUGGCUUACCCCUCGGCCUCAGAGACCCGGCCGUGGCGCACGCCCCCGGGUUGGAGCUGCUCUCUCGGGCCUUCUCGUCUGCUGCUCACCCGGUGUCGGUAGGGAAAGGCCCAGGAAAUGACUGCUGUCCCAUUGUGCAGGAAACUGAGACUCAGAAGUAAGGAGGAGACUGGACUAGGAACGCACAGCGAGGUCAGAGCUGACCAGGAAGCGUUCAGAAGCCAAGCCAUGGAUCCACCUGGCCGGAAAGAAAAAUCCAAAGUUAAAGAACCUGCCUUCAGAGUGGAGAAGGCUAAGCAGAAAUCUGCGCACCAGGAGCUGAAGCAAAGACAAAGAGCAGAGAUCUACGCUCUCAACAGAGUCAUGACGGAGCUGGAGCAGCAGCAGUUUGAUGAGUUCUGUAAGCAAAUGCAGCCACCUGGGGAGUGAGCCAGCCCAUCCUAGUCAGAGCACCUGGAGCCUCAGAACUAACUAAACAAGCCUUGUGGAGACCUCUGCACUGAACUUCCUGUAGGUAACUUCCUCCACGCUGGUUCCUCCUCUAAGAACCGGCCCAGUGCUUGCUGGGUAGACUUUUCAUCUGGGACAGCAGAUUUUUUAAAAGGCCUUUUUUCUACUGUGUGAGAAAAAUCAUUGUUUCUAGUGAAACUGUGUGUCUUCCCUAAAAAGAAUAAAAUACAAAAUGUUCA